GAGUGCGUGAAUGCGUCAUUCCAAGCUCUGACGUAGUAACCCAACUGCAACGUUCGGUUGUUUGCUAGCUAACCUAAAAAUCGGUAAUAACUACCUUUUUCUGACGUAUUCCUGUGUUUUGAAUUGUGUCAAACAAAAUGUACACUAAAGCUGAACAGCUUAUACAUGCUGUAAAACGGUAUCGUGCGUUGUACGAUAUUUGUCAUGGAGAUUAUUGCAAGAUUAACGUCAAAGAAAAAAUAUGGAAGAUCAUAGCUGAAAAUCUUGAAAUUGAAAGUGGGCAAGAAGCCAGAGACCAAUGGUUCAGACUGAGGGACAGUCACAGGAUCGCACUGAGACGCCAGGACAGAAGGAGACAGAAAAAUCCCAAUGGCCAGAUCAAACCUUGGAUUUACCAGAAGCAGAUGGAGUUUCUUCUUCCCUUCAUGUCCAGCAUAGGAUCUACAGACAUCGUUGUUGACGGAGAAGAAGAAGAAGAAGACAACGGAGGAGAAGAAGGAUGUAUAGAUGAACCUGAGGUGAUAGUUCUGGAGGAUGAUUUUUUCAACUCCACAGUUUCUGAUAAAGGUACUCAAGAUACAAGUUUUGAUCAUUCCUACAACACCCACCUGAUCCCGCCAAUGAAGAAAAAGAAAAGACUCUCCAAGUACGAGAUACUGAAAGAGAGAGUGGAGAACGGGUUGGCUGUCACAGAUCUGUCCGAGAUACUGCACCCGAGAACCCAGAGGGUUUUGAGCAGUGUUUAUCACAGUGAACUCACAGAUGUGGUCAGUGGAGUCCAGAUGCACCGUGAAUUGAACAAAGUGUUGGAGAGUGAUGAUACAGAUGUAUCAUCGCAACUUGUGGAGAACGUUCUGAAGGUUAUUGACAAAACUGAAGUGUUAUCACAUCCUCAACACCCAAGACUUGUAGAGAUUGAGAGACCACCAGAUUUGCCACGUCCCCCGAAGGUUCAGGUGGUCACCCCACAAACGCAGCAAGAAGUGUCACAUCCGAAGAUACAAAGAGUUCUAAGGAGUGCCACACAGCAGAAAAAGGUCAACGUGCCCUGUCAUGAGGUUCCAGGGAUAUUGAAACAAGGGAAAAAAUCAAUAUUUGAUGCACUCCCGGAGUUUUCGAAACAAAACAAAGGAUUCAGGGAGGGAAAAUCGCAACAAGGGAAACGAAAGGGAGGAUUCAGUGAGGUUCCAGAGAGAUUGCAACAACCAAAACGAGUGAGUUUCGUUCCUGAGGAUGAGGAAAGUUUGGAGACUGAGGUGUACAGUGGCAAUGACAGUGAUAAUGAAGAGGUUAUGCUUGAGUUUUCAGAUGAUUUUUCGACGCACCAGAAAAAAGAGAAGCCUCAGAAACCUUCCAAGUACGACACACUACCCAAUGGAAUGGAUGUUAGUAGUUGGAAUUCACAAUCAACCAGUGAAAGUGUAACCGAGAAGUCGAAGGACGCUUUGAAAUUGUUUUUUGAUUCGAUGUUCAAUUUGACAAACGCCAUGCCCCACCAUUUUCAGGCGAAAAUUCGGCGGAAAUUGUUUGAGGCGGUAAUGGAGGCUGAGGAAGAAAUUUAUUCGAAUCCUGCCGAGUCUGUCAAAUUUUGUGGCAAUAGUUCUUUUUCGUGAUGGAUAGGUUUUGAAUUUUUCACAAUUUCCUAUCUAUUUACUGCCAAAAUUCGGUUAAUUGUAAGUGCUACUAACUGUAAGUUCAUCUGGUAAUGAAUAUUAUUACCCCACCUUAUUUCUCAAUUUAUUCACUGUUACAUUUGAGCUAAUAAUGUAUAUCUUAUAAUCUGUGAUUAUGAAUUAAAAAAGUAUUCUAGACCCACCUUAUUUUCCAAUUUAUUCAUUGUUAUAUUUUGAGCUAAUAAUGUAUGUUUCAUAAUCUGUGAUUAUGAAUUGAAAAAGUAUCCUGAAACCAGCUUAUUUUUCAAUUUAUUCACUGUUAUAUUUUGAGCUAAUAAUGUAUGUUUCAUAAUCUGUGAUUAUGAAUUGAAAAAGUAUCCUGAAACCAGCUUAUUUUUCAAUUUAUCCACUGUUAUAUUUUGAGCUAAUAAUGUAUGUUUCAUAAUCUGUGAUUAUGAAUUGAAAAAGUAUCCUGAAACCAGCUCAUUUUUCAAUUUAUUCACUGUUAUAUUUUGAGCUAAUAAUGUAUGUUUCAUAAUCUGUGAUUAUGAAUUGAAAAAGUAUUCUCAUCAAAUACAAACUUUUUCCCUCCAAUCUUAGUAUGAGAGGAAUUAUUAAUACUUCUUAUAAUAAUGGGUGGUUUUCAAACUUCUUUAUUAAUUUGAAUUCAUUCAAUGUCAAAAUUGGAUUUCUCUGAUAAUUGAUUUUUCAAAUUCAUAGGCCCUUGGAUUUAUGUAUGCACUCUCCAAGUUGAUCUCUAAACUUGAUAUUAAUGGUGGAUUGAAUGAAAAUUUAUUCUGAUUUAUCUAUUACUUAAUGUGAGUUAGAGGACUGUUCUGGUAAUCUACAUUAAUUAGUUCUACAUGUAAUGGUUUCUCAAUCUAAUAUUGGAAGAGUUAAUUUGAACAUAGCCUACAUGUAAAUAAAAAUAUAGUUGAGUAUUGAAGAAUCACGAUAAUUAUUUUUAAUAAUAUGUGGUCUCCUACUUGAAGUAGUGUAGUUUAAUACGAUUGUAUAUUGAAGUGAAAACACAAUAUUUUGUUGUUUUCUACAGUUAAAUAUUAUACUUCAAUGAAUAUAUUUUAUGAAU